ACUGAUUUUCUGUGACCCACUUGUUGCGUUUAGGUUAUGGUGUUAUAAACAAAAAUAUGUUGGGUAUAAAUGUUUGGAUUUCAUGAUAAAUUCGUGUAUGCCAGACGAUAGGAAUGGAGGGUCCAGGUCUGAGCUUGUUUCAAGGCUCAGAAAGUAUCUGUCUAAAUACAAGUACACAAGGCUUAGAGGAAGAUGAAGAACAAGAAGACAUUAAGCGGCGCAAUAAAGAGAUUACGGACCUCUUGACCAAUGCAUUUGAUGAUUUAGAUGACAGUGACACUAGUUCUAUGAACAACAGUCACUAUCAAGACAGUUCUAAGGAAGUAGAAGUUUCUAAUACAGUGUUAAAUUCUGCUCAGGGAGUUAUAGCAUCCAAAGACCAAACUGUAUCUCAAUUACAGAAAGAAUUUGGUAUUUAUGAUCAUGUUGAAAAUUCAAAUAACUAUGACAAUACUAUGACAAAUCAUAGGCCAGAGUUUCAAAUUACUCCUUCAAUCUCUAAUAUACAGAGAGAUUUUAAUGCAUAUGGUCACACUGAUACUCCAUAUUCUAAAAAUAAUAGAAGUAACGAUAUGCAUAAUAUUACUGCUGAAACGCCUUAUGAACUAGCAAGACCACCAAACUCUAUAUUUCCUAACGAUUUAAGAGCUCAGAUAGAGGAAGAAUAUACAUUUAAUGAAAAUUAUUCAUAUAAUUGUCAAACACCAGCUAAUCAUUAUGAUGCUCAAAAUAAAAAUUAUUCAAAUAAUGGUUAUAUUGAUGGAUAUGAAAAUAAUGUACAAUGUAAACAAAUUCAUGAGUUCGGUGGAGGUGGUGAUAAUGUUACAUCUGAUCAUUUAAAUCAUUGUUAUAAAGCAAGUUCAAAUGGUAGACCAACAAAUGACAAUGUAGCAUAUAAAACAGCAGAGUAUGACAGUAAGGAACAAUUAGAGGUUUUAUAUACAGUUCGAAUGAGAGAAAUUAAACGAUUAACAGAAGAAAUGCAACAACUGCAAUUGGAAAAAGAAGAAGAAAAAAAUCAGCUUAGUAGGAAAAUAACACUUUUACAAGCUGAAAUUGAAAGGUCGAACUUAUCUAGAAAUCAAACACAACAUGCUUUAGUUGAUGCAAAAGCUGAAAUUGCUGAUCUUCACAAUCAAAUUACAUCACUAAAAGAAAAAAAUGUAGUUUUAGAGAAAACUAAUCAAAAUAUGACUGAAGAAUUAAAUGUUGCCAGAGAUUCUGUAAUAGAUUUACAACAAAAAAUAGCUGUAUUAGAAAGAGUACAAGCAUUACAAGUAAAUGAUAAAACACAUGAAAAGUUUUUAAAGCAAGCACAAGAAAAACAUGCAGUUGAAAUGAAAAACAUGCAAACUCAAAUAGAUGUUCUUACAGACAAACUUAAUGCAAAGCUGCUCAAUGUGGAUUCCAACACUCAUUGUAUCUGGGAAACAUCAUAUGUUGCUUUGGAAAAUAAAUUAGUUGAUGUAAGAAGAGCGCAUGAAACACUUAUGGUGGAAAAAGGAGAUACAAUGAAUCGUCUAGCACAAGCAUUAGAAGAAAGUCAAGCACAGUGCCGAAACCUUAUGGCUACAAAUAAUGCUCAGCAAGUAAUGCAGUUUCAAGCACAAGUUAAAAUUUUAACACAAGAAAAGGAAGAAAUGCAAAAAAUGGUUCAGGAAUUACAGAAUAAAUUGGAGAUAGCAAAAAGUGAUGCAGCACAAUAUGAUUCAUUAUUAGCAACAACAUUAGAAGAAGAAUCUGAUUCCAUUAGACAAAUGAAAUUAAGUGAUUUUCAUAAUAAAUCGAAAUCAAAACCCUAUGAUGAUAUAACAAAUAAAUUAAGGGGAGAAUUACAAAGAUGUUUAGCUGGCCAAGCUGUUAAAAGAAAGGAAAUAACUCGAUUAGAAAAUACUUUAUCACAAAAAGAGAAAGAACUUGAUAAAGCUUUAAUUGUAACAGAUACGUGUCGACAAGAAGCAGCGCGAUACGCUAAACGUGUUAACGAAUUAGAGCAAGAAUUAAAAUCUGUACUUACAGAUCAAGCUUUGAAGGCAAAUGCUCAAAUACAAAAAUUAUCCAAUCAUCUUAGUGAUGUAAAAAAGCAAUAUGAAUCGUUGCAUGAAGAAAAAAUAGGAUUAGAACAAAAAUUAGAAGAAACAUUAGCAAUUAAUCAAGAAACACUUAAGAAAUUACACCAAGAAAGUAUAAAUCAGCAAGAGAAAGAUGCCAUUGAUGAGUACAAUAAAGAAUAUUUAGAAAUACAUGCUAAGGCUAUAGAAAGAGUUAGGCAAGAAGCACAAGUUGAAGUAGUGCAAUUAUCUGUGCAAUUAGAACAAACACAAAAAGAGUUGGAUCGCGUGAAGGAAUUGUAUAUAGAUGUUUGUAGUACAAAAGAGCAGUUAAUAAGUGAACACAAGUCUGAAAUCAAAAUGCUGAAAGAGAAAUAUGCUAACUUAGAAGAACGUGAAAAGGAUAUAGAAAAAUAUCAACAUGACUUGCAGGCACAAGUGAAAAUAGCAGAAACAUUAACAGAGGAAUGUGACAUGUAUAGAAGUAAAGUAAUUGAUUUAGAAAAAGAUUUAAAUUAUGAAAGAAAGAAAAAAGAAGAAUAUACAAAGAAAAUUCAUCAAGAAAUUGAAAGGGCAAAAGAAGAAGCUUUAAAUGAAUUACGCAAUGCCCACCCUAAUCAAGAAAUAAGCGUUCACUUGCCAGAUCAUUGUUCUGAACAUUUGGAAAAAAUUAAUCGGUUAGAAGAAGAUUGUAAACGUUUGGAAGACAAAUUACAUGCUGCAGUUGAUGAACAUAAAAAGGUAUUGGAAUAUCAAUCUGAAUUAGAUGAUACCAAGUUAAAAAUUGCACAGAUGGAAAUAUCUCAAGAGUCAUGGAAAAAAAAAUAUGAAAAUGCAAUUAGUGAAAGAAAUAGUCUUAUUACUAAGAUUUCUAAACUUGAUUCUGAAUUAUCAAAUAUCAAGAGAAAUUCAAAGAUCGAAGAUUCCGACGAUGUAAAAUUAAAGGAAGCUCGGUAUCAAAUAGAAAAUAGAGAUUUAAAAAAUAAGUCUGAAAAUUUGAUUAGUGAAAGAAACAUUUACAAGGAUAAAAUCUCACAGUUAGAGGUAGAAUUAUCAGAAACAAAAAAAAUAAUCGGAAAUUUCGAAAGUAAGUUUAAAAAAAGUAGUGAAAUAUCACUAAAUUCAAAAUCUGAAUUGGAAAAAGAACUUUCUCAUUACAAAGAUCUGGUAACACAAUUAAGUAGUAAGAUAAAUCAUUUGAAAGCUGGUAGAAAGAGUGAUCUUAUUAUGGAGCAAAAAAUCAAACAAUUAGAAAAAGAUUUACAAGAAAAGGAUGAAGAACUAGAAAGAUUAAAAGACUUUGAAAAAAUAAAAGUAGAGAGAGAUCAACUUGUCUUAAAAUUAAAAAAUCAAGCCAAGCAAUUUGAACAAUAUGUUAAGAAUCAAAAACAAGUAUCUGCUGAAUUAAAUUUAUCACCACGUAGUUCAAGUGAUGGUACUGAUUUUCAAAAAAUAAAAGAAAUUAUGAUAAAAGAGGUACGAGAAGAAAUGGAGCAAAAAGUAGUCGAAGAACUUAGAGGUAUAGAAGAACAGCAUCGAGAGAAGAGAAAGGAGUUAGAAGAAAGAUAUAAAACAGUUUUAUUAGAACUACAAACCAGAUGCAGUGAAAAGACGCAGGAAGUGGAAACAUUGAAAGCAGCAAUGCUUACAGAAAAGGUAAAAAUUCAUUCAUCUUUCAAAGCAAAGGAGCAAUUUGUUAGUCAACUGAUUGAAACCAAACUUGAAACUUACUACAAAGAAUUGGUAGCACGAAAGUUGAAAAUCGAAAAAUUACAGGAAGAAUUAAAGCAAAAAGAAAGUGAUGUGGACGAGGAGAGAAAUUUGAUGGCUCAGGUUAUGACUAAAUGGGCUGCAGAGAUUAGGGAAAUAAAAGAUAAAGAAAUUGAAAUGAAUGAAAAGUUACAACAAUUAAAGAAAAGUGAAGAAAAAUUAAACACAGAAAUAAAAAUAUUAAAAGAGAAAGAAAAAGAAAUGAAAACUAAUGUUGAUACAUUAAAGCAUAAAUAUCAGUCAGCAAAAAAGACUGCAAAUAAUUACAAGGAGCAUGCAGAAAAUAAAGAGAAGUUUUUAUUAAGUGAAUGUAAACGUAUAGAAGAAGGGUACAAAAGAGCCAUGAAUCAAGUACAACAAAAACUUGAAGCAAUCAUUAGUACUCAAGAAGAACAAGUAGCAACAAAGCUUAAAGAACUUGAAUGUCAGUAUACUGAAAGGAUAGAACAAAUGCGACUUACACUGAAGUACAAAAGUAAAUGUUGA